ACAAAACCCACUUCUUCUUGGAACUCCUGGGAGGUCGCUUAGUUGAGAGGAAGAAAUGUCUUGCCUCCAAACUCCAGGAGUAACUUCACCAUCUGCAGAUUCAAAAUCGAAUGUUCCGACAGGAUUCAGUGGAAUGUGGCGAGGGAAAUAAGGCAGACAAAAGGAAGACACUGAAAAAGGGGAGAAAAUUCGGGACGAAGAUUCACCUCAACCAUCAAAUCAAGACGAACAGGCAGCAGCGGAGACUCCUAUAAAAAUACCCAAAACGAAAGUUUUCAGAUCUCCGAAAAUCCACAAAACCAACUCCGCAAAACUUUUCAGAGUACUUCUGCUAAGGCACCUGUAUUUGACGAAGC